AAAAAGAUCAAGUGAAUUUUGUUUUUAAAGGAACUUUCAGAACAGACCACCAUGGAUGCUGCUGGAGGGAGGAGACAGAAGAGGAACCCAUCUGAGUGACAUCCAGUGCAAUGGGGGACUUGGGGAUGGGGAUGGACAAGGUGGGCAUGGUGAUGGCGAUGGUGGUGAUCGUGGUGGCGGCGAUGGCGAUAGUUGGUCGAUGCGAUCCGUCGGAAUCCAAUAGGGACAUGGUGAGGAGAGCUCCGUGGCGGAUCCACACCCUGUUCUCCGUAGAGUGCCAGGACUACUUCGACUGGCAGACGGUGGGGCUCAUGCACAGCUUCAGGAAGAGCGGCCAGCCGGGGCCCAUCACCAGGCUGCUCAGCUGCACGGAUGAGGAGAUGAAAGCCUAUCGAGGGAUGGAUUUGGCGCCCACCUUCCGGGUGCCCUCGAUGAGCAGGCACCCCAAGACAGGAGACUGGUAUCCUGCAAUCAAUAAACCUGCUGGAGUUGCCCAUUGGCUUAAUCAUAGUGAAGACGCAAAGAACGUUGAUUGGGUUGUGAUUUUGGACGCUGACAUGAUCAUGAGAGGCCCUAUUUUACCAUGGGAGGUUGGUGCCGAGAGGGGAAAGCCGGUUGCAGCAUACUAUGGAUACUUGAUUGGUUGUGAUAACAUUCUUGCGAAACUGCAUACUGCACACCCAGAAUAUUGUGACAAAGUUGGUGGCCUUUUCAUAAUGCAUAUUGAUGAUUUGAAGGCAGUGGCACCAUUGUGGCUUUCGAAGACAGAAGAAGUACGGCAGGAUCGAGAACACUGGGCAACUAACAUAACAGGUGAUAUUUACAGUAGUGGUUGGAUAAGUGAGAUGUAUGGAUAUGCUUUUGGUGCCGCAGAGGUGGGACUGCACCAUAAGACAACUGAUGACCUGAUGAUUUAUCCUGGGUAUGUGCCUCGGAAGGAUGUCGAGCCUCUCCUUCUGCAUUAUGGUUUGGCAUUCUCAGUGGGAAAUUGGUCUUUCAGUAAAUUAGAGCAUCAUGAAGAUGAUAUUGUGUACAAGUGUGGCAAGCUUUUUCCUCCCCCUCCUUAUCCAAGACAAGUUGAACAGAUGGAAGCUGAUUCUGACAAAAGGCGAAGCUUUUUUCUAAGCAUAGAAUGUGUAAAUACUCUAAAUGAAGGUUUACUGAUACACCAUGCAGCAACUGGCUGCCCUAAACCUACAUGGUCAAAGUAUUUAAGCUUCUUAAAGAGCCAAAGGUUUUCUGAAAUGACCAAACCAAAAUCAUUAACUCCUCAAAUGCACAAAAGAUUGCAAGCAGUAAAGACAGAGUCCAGUGGAAAGCCAGGAGGAAUAAAGCCAAAAAUUCAUACUGUUUUCUCAACUGAAUGCUCACCUUAUUUUGAUUGGCAAACUGUUGGCCUCAUGCACAGCUUCCAUCUUAGUGGCCAACCGGGCAAUAUCACACGACUUUUAAGCUGUACAGAGAAGGAUUUAAUGAAAUAUAAAGGGCAUGAUCUAGCUCCUACCCAUUAUGUUCCAUCAAUGAGUCGCCACCCCUUGACAGGAGACUGGUAUCCAGCAAUUAAUAAGCCAGCAGCAGUUCUUCACUGGUUAAAUCAUGCAGCUAUAGAUGCAGAAUACAUUGUAAUUCUAGAUGCAGACAUGGUUCUAAGAGGUCCAAUCACACCAUGGGAGUUCAAUGCAGAGAGAGGGCAUCCUGUAUCUACUCCAUACGGGUAUCUUGUUGGUUGUGACAAUGUGCUUGCACAAAUUCAUACACGGCAUCCUGAAGCAUGUGACAAAGUUGGGGGAGUAAUCAUCAUGCACAUAGAUGAUCUACGGAAGUUUUCACUAUUUUGGCUCCAUAAGACAGAGGAAGUGAGGGCUGACAAGGAACAUUAUGCAACUAAAUUUACGGGUGACAUUUAUUCAAGUGGCUGGAUAAGUGAAAUGUAUGGCUAUUCUUUUGGCGCUGCUGAGAUAAAUCUGAGGCACAGAAUUAACCCAGACAUAUUAAUCUACCCUGGUUAUUCCCCUCGGAAAGGAGUUGAACCUAGGGUCUUUCAUUAUGGGCUGAAAUUUGGAGUAGGGAAUUGGAGUUUUGACAAAGCAGAUUGGCGGAACACUGAUGUAGUCAACAUCUGCUGGUCGAAGUUUCCAGAGCCUCCUGAUCCUUCAACUCUUUCCUCUACAGAUGAUAGUACUCUAGUGAAGGACAAACUAUCCAUUGAAUGUGCCCAAAAGCUGAACGAAGCCCUUUAUCUUCAUCACAUGAGAAGGAAGUGCAUUGAAGCAGGCAAAGACAACUUGAGCCAGUCAAAAAUGAAUGUUUCCAACGGUAGAUGGCAAGAGAGAAAGAAAGCAACAAUUAGGCUUUACCGAGAUUUGCAACAGAGCCUACAUGAUCCACCUGAUGUUGUGAUUGUGCGUCCUAGGUAUUGGAUGGUUUGUGUAUGGAUGCUUUCUGUGUUUGGGUUCUUGUUGGUCCUCUCAGUGGUAUUAUCAAGGAAAAAAGUAAGACUGGAAAGGGCAAAGGCUAAAGAAUAGAAAUAACAUGAGAGCUUGCAAUUUGCAGUACUGGAAUUAAAUGCUGAUAGCCAUGACUUUAACAAUGACGGGGCUAGAGUCCUAGAGAUUUAAUUAGCUUUCAACUUUAUUGUUCGUUGAGGUAGAUCCACAUAUAACUUCUAGGAGUACAGAUACUCUUCUAUAUAAUUACAGAAAAUUGUUGGAUCAAUGAGUUGGUGAAGCAUUAAUUUAGAGAGUAUCUACUAGAUAACAGGUAAUGUGCAAUUCAUUGAGAUUAUGACCUUUCAGGGAAUGAAAGAGCUUACAUUAAUUAAAUUAUUUUUUGAUGAGAGUGAAGGCUGGAGCAAGUGGGUUGAUAUGUGAUUGUUGGAAGAAAGUGCUAGUGGUGUCUUACCUUCCAUAGCAGUGUUGGCUUCAUAUGUCAUGGCAGCUUUAGAGACACCAAAGGAGCAAGAAGCAUCUCAUUGGAAGCAAUACUCUUUUUGUAAUUGAACAAAGUUUUUUUUUUUUUUUCGUGUAUUUUUGGUUAUGUAAUUUGAAGCAAGCAUGGGCAGAAAAUUUAUGCUUUCUGAAGAAGAGAAAGGCUUUAGAAUUGGUUCAUUCAACAA